AUGAAAACAAUGGCAACAAGAAAAAGGUGUAAACUUUGCAGAACAGGCCCAGAUUUUGAAAGUGUGAUAAAGGGGUCAUUGUGUGUCCCAACUUUUCACAUAAGAAUUGGAGGAGAUUUAACUCAAGGAAUAAUAAACAGAGGAAGGGUGGCUAAUGCAGAGCAGAUGGCCCUGCAGGGUGCUAAGCAUUUCAACAUCUUUCCUCUUGGACCUUUUGACUCACCAUGGCUGAAUGCUGCCUUCUUUGUCUGA